AUGCAGUAUUUUCCCUCCGCUAUCGAAAUCAGCGAUUUCCGAUGGACUAACUUUGCUAAUUGUGUCCUGAACAUUUUCUUAACUUAUACCGCUAUUAUGCUGAAUAUUAUGACGAUUUACGCGAUACGGAAAACCUCGACGCUGUCAAAGACUCUGAGAACAUUGCUGCUGAGUCUUGCAGUUUCUGAUGUUGGCGUUGGUCUGUUUGUUCAGCCAUUUUAUUCGUCACUUCAAGUGAACUGGGUACAACAGAGCAAUCCUAACUGUAAGACGUUCACGGCCUUCAUGAUAAUCAACAUUACUUUUUCCGUAGCUUCGUUCAUGGGUGUUGUCGCUGUUAGUGUAGAUAGGUUCUUAGCCGUUCAUCUUCAUCUGCGAUACCAGGAAUUUGUGACCCACAAACGUGUUGUUGCUGCUAUCUUAUCAAACUGGCUUCUGGGUCUAUUUGUUUCCCUUAUGAUACUUUGGGCUCCUUUCAGCGCUCAGAACUUAAUUCUUUCAGCUGCUGGAGUUAUUUGUUUUCUUCUUACAGCAAUGAUUAACAUCAAGAUUUAUUUAGUUACUCGACGCCACAAAGUUCACAUGCGGUCUCUGCAAAUACAGCCAAGAGAACGCAUCGAUGAAAUGGGAGAUUUUGCCCGCCAACUCAAGUCUGCUGUCAGUGUAUUCUACAUAUAUAUAGUGUUUUUACUCUGCUAUGUUCCUUUUUACGUCUGCGUGGCUUACAUUAAAAUCCACGGCUCGAGUACAACAUUGAAAAAAUGUUAUCUCCUCUCAGUGACUCUGGUUUUUCUUAAUUCAUCACUGAAUCCUGUGAUUUACUGCUGGAAGAUGAAACACAUUAGACAGGCACUAAUGGACUCACUAAAGAGCAUAUCUUGGAACAGAAAUUAG